ACCAAAACACAUUGUUAGCUCCGUAUGUAUCUUAUAAAAUGUUACGUUGGGUUAAAAGUUGACAUAAGAUGGUAAACUGAAGAAACGAGAGAGAGAGAGAGAUGAAGAGAAGAGAAGCAGCAGGCGCAGGCUUUGACAAGGCAGGAAGGAUUUCGAGUUGCUUCAAGGACAUAGAUGAGGAGCUUUCCUUUUUCCGCGAGCUUAAGAAGCGCGAAAAAGAUCAAUUUGGCAGCCUUCUUAACCCUAUUUCUGAUGACUUUGAAGCAAAUGUAAGCUUUGGGCUGAGCAGAAUGAAUUCGGGAGGAAGAAAAGGGGCAGAAUUCCUUGGUAAAAAUGACUACAACUGGCUGAAAACGCCUCCCGCGACGCCUCUGUUUCCAUCACUUGAGAUGGAGUCAAAUGCACAAGAACUAGUCGUUCAGAGGGAGAUACCAAUCAUCCAACCUAUUUCAAGGUUUAUCGACAAGAGAAACAUGAAAAGCGCUCCGCUGGUGACCCCAAAACCAAAUAAAAUCAAGUCAUCCGUCCCAAAAAACUUUCCUAACUCAAACACGUCGAGAAACUUGAGACUCGACGUGUUUGAGUGCCAGGUCAUCAAUCUCGAAUGAGAACUUGAGGACCUCAUCCGCUACUAGAGGAAGGCCGGCAUAUCAGAAUCUGCCGGCCCCACCGAAGAUUAUGAGGAGGCAGCCGUGCAAUGCAGGAAAUGUUGAGAAGAGUGGUGGAGUGCAAGUUGCGGGCAGCAGGAUGGUGGACAAGUUGAUGAAUGCGAGAAUGUCGAAUGCCGAUGAUCGACGCUCCAAAAUCAAAUUGAAUGGGAGUUGUAAUGGUGAAGAGAAGAGACAGCCUAAGAUUAAGCUCAAUGCUUCCUUGAAUGAGACCUCUGGCUUUGGAAGGUUGAUGAUGUCCUCUCAAACACAUGGACAUUCAACGAGACUCCAACAGUGGAAGUAAAAUCGGCGUGCAUGCAGGAACAAAGUCUUGAGUCAUUAGCAAUGCAUGGAUGUAUGUAAGAAGGAUAAAUUAAUUAAUGCUUGAAUUUAGAUGGCUUUGAAAGAAAAGAUGAGGCGUGUGCAUUAAUGUAUGACACAAAAUCUUAGGUAAGAGGAAUGAAAUAUAUGUUUGGGGUUGGCUGAGUA